AUUUGCGGGGGAUUUUUAGUUUAUUGAGCACAUUUAACAAUUCAUUUUGUCCAGAAUUUUGGUUCAUUCAUAGUUUUUCAUACGUAAACACUUUACUUUGUCCAGAAUUGCUGAAAUGAAUUUAAGUUAUAAUGGGGCGUCGUACAGAAAGAUAAAUGUUAAAAUUAAUUAAAAUAGUACUUGUACUUCGUAUUACCAUUGAUAAGAUAAACUAGCCAUCUUAUCAAUGGUAUCAAUAGUUUGCUGAAACAACCAUCUAUUACUGCCUUCAUUUUGGAAGAAUAAAGACAAACUAAAAACCAUCAAUAAAUACAGAGUAUUCCAUAAUCUAUGGAAUUUCUGUAUAUGUAAUUGUAUUCUUUCGAGUUGCGCUAGGUAUUCCCCUCGUGAGGAGGAGUGCCUAACACUUUCCCUCUAUUCCUUACCUUUGAAAAAAAAAUAAAAGUUGUAGUCUUUCGAGUUUCCGUACGAAUGUACGAUACUCAUACUUUGUUGUUCAAAAUAUUCUGGGUAUAUCAUUUUAAUUUUGCCCACUUCGCCCACAAUUUGUAUUCAGUGCUCUUAUUUGUAUUGUUAGGUCAAACUCAGUACAUAUUUUCCAAAAGCAAACUUAAUAAUAUUUUCGAGUAUAUACAAUUAUAUACUCCGUAAUCUCGUUAAUGUUCAAAGUCAUGUACUUGUAUUUUCAAACAUGAAAUUUGAUCCAAUGAAGAGUAGUAUUGAUACUCUGUACUUCGUCUUCACCAAAAAAAGAAUUUUAAAAAAAAAAACCAAUUUAUUUUGUAGGUGUUAAGGAGUUACUUCACUAUCAGUUCCCUCUAAUAUAACACAAUCGCCCUGGCUGGGUUGAGUCGUGAGGGGUUUUGACCCGAUAGAGCCCAUUAUGUUACAAAAAAUUCUGGCCUUGUUACAGUCGUGAGGGGUUCAGGCCUUUAUUCAAAUUCCCGCCUUUCAGACCUUCAAACCACCAAAAUUGAGGCACCAAAAAUUCAUACUUCCCUCAAAAAAACCCAAAUUUCUGAUGAUCAACCACAUAAUAUUGAACUCGAGAUUUCUCUCUCAUCUUCCAAAUUCUCUCUCUUUGAUCUUCCCUUCGUUUCUCCACAAUCGUUCUCUCUCACCUUACAAACCAAAACCCAGCAAUUGGAACACCAAUCAUUCCUUUGUAAAAUCAAACCCAAUUCUCAAUCUCCUCGAAAAAUGCAAUUCCAUGGAACAUUUGUUUCAGAUUCAAGCUCAAAUGAUCAUUUCUGGGCUCAUCUUAGAUGGGCUUGCUUCAAGUCGAUUGAUUGCGUUUUGUGCAAUUUCUGAAGCUGGUGAUCUUGAUUAUUGUGAGAAAAUUUUGAAGUUUGUUGAUAACCCUAAAGUUUUUUCUUGGAAUAUUGCAAUUAAGGGUUAUUCAGAGAGUUUAAUUCCAAUUAAAGCUGUUAAAUUGUAUAAAGAAAUGUUGAACAAUAGUGGGUGUCGUCCUGAUAAUUUUACUUAUCCUCUGAUUUUUAAGGUUUGUGCUCGUUUGUCAUUAAAUUAUACUGGUUAUGGUAUUCUUGGGCAUGUUUUGAUACUUGGUUUAGAUUCAGAUGUGUUUGUACAUAAUGGAAUUAUUCAUAUGUUGGUGUCCUGUGGUCGUUUGGAUGAUGCACGCAAUGUGUUCGAUGAAAGUUGUGUGAGAGAUUUGGUUACAUGGAAUUCUUUGAUCAAUGGGUAUGUACAUUGUGGCCAGGCUUGCAAAGCGUUGAAGCUGUAUGAGGAAAUGAGGGUGGAGGGAAUAAGGCCGGAUGAGGUGACAAUGAUUGGGAUGGUUGCAUCAUGUGCACAACUCGAGGAUUUUAGUCGAGGGUUGGAGUUUCAUCGUCUUAUUGGUGAUUAUGGACUGGAUUUUACCGUCCCACUUUGCAAUGCGUUGAUGGAUAUGUAUGUUAAAUGUGGGGAUCUUAAGGCGGCACAGGAUAUAUUUGAUAAUUUGAGGAAGAAAACCAUGGUUUCGUGGACCACCAUAGUUGUGGGAUAUGCUAAAUUUGGGUUGCUAGAUGAGGCGAGGGAGCUGUUUGACAAGAUGCCUGAGAAAGAUGUGGUGCCGUGGAAUGCCAUGAUUGGAGCAUAUGUUCAAGCUAAGUAUAGUAAGGAGGCUUUGGUUCUAUUUCAUGAAAUGCAGGGUGCAAAUGUUACGCCUGAUGAGAUCACUAUGGUUAACAGCUUAUCUGCUUGUUCUCAACUAGGAGCACUUGAUGUUGGGAUAUGGAUUCACUGGUACGUCAACAAGAAGAAGCUUUCUUUGAAUGUUUCAUUGGGCACAGCUCUUGUUGAUAUGUAUGCCAAAUGUGGUAACGUUGGAAAGGCGCUUGAAGUUUUCCAUGAGAUGGCUUCGAAGAAUUCAUUAACUUAUACUGCUAUCAUUGGAGGCCUAGCCCUUCAUGGGAAUGCAAAUGAUGCUUUAUCAUACUUUUCAAAAAUGGUUGAUGUUGGAUUGGUGCCAGAUGAGAUCACAUUCCUUGGAGUCUUAGCUGCUUGUUGUCAUGGGGGAUUGGUUGACAAGGGCCGUCAGUACUUUGCUGAAAUGACCAUAUAUAAUCUUACUCCAAACCUUAAACACUACUCUUCCAUGGUGGACCUACUUGGUAGGGCAGGAAAAUUAGAAGACGCAGAAGCACUUAUAAAGAGUAUGCCUAUGGAGCCAGAUGCCGUUGUAUGGGGUGCUUUGUUUUUUGCUUGUCGUAUGCAUGGAAAUGUGAUAAUGGGUGAAAAAGCUGCAUUGAAACUGCUUGAGUUGGAUCCUGGUGAUGGUGGAAUAUAUGUUUUGCUGGCAAAUAUGUAUGGGGAUGCAGAAAUGUGGGACAAAUCCAGAAAAGUAAGGAAAAUGAUGAAGGCUAGAGGAGUUGACAAGACUCCUGGUCGUAGCUCAAUUGAGAUCAAUGGAGUAGUCCAUGAAUUCACUAUAAGAGACAAGACACACCCUCAAUCCAAAGAAAUAUUUGAUUGUCUGGUUCAACUAACCAAACAACUUGAGUUGGUUGAAACUAUCAGCACAUCAUGGACUGCGGUAUCUGUGUAGAAUUACGCUAGUCAGAAUAAUCAGGAGGUUGUGAAAAAAGUUCCUUUAUUCUCUUAUAUUCACCAAACUUACAUGUUGCAUCUUAUAUGCAAAGUCUGUUGUGCUUACUAAGAACUAAAUGGUUGGGCCAUCCCUCCAGUUAUUCAUUCAUCCCCUUGACUGCAGUUGCUUGAAGGACUGACUUAGCAACCUGAAAGAUUUGAAGGAAGAUGGCUGAAGACAUUCCACUGAACAGAGAGGGUUUCUGGCUUUCAAGAACAUCAACUUGUGACUGAUCGUUAAACAAAAUGUCCUCAAAUUUGCUCAAUGAUCAGACUAAUGUCAAAUUUUCAUCAUCUAUAUGCAGUUUGUUCAAGUUUCUGCAAAGUGGCUACCUCAUGCAGCAAACUAGUGACUUGACUGACUUCUAUUGUCGGCGUCAAAGGUCAGAUUGUCUAGAAGUAAAGUCAUGCAAUAUGGUGAAAGAGAUAAUAGUCUGAUCUCACAGGUGAUUCCUGAGGACAUAGUUUGGCAGCUGACUAAAUUGGUGUAGUAAUCCAGCACAUAUAAAGUGGAUGUUCUGACAAUGGGUUACAACUUCUAGACAAAGAUUGAUUUUCCUUAUCUGCAAGUUCAGGUGAUUUUGAGUGGUAGGUGAUAUGCAUUGUUGAGCAAUCUGCUAAUCACGGAAUAGAUCUACGCUCGUAAAUUUGUCGAAAUAACUUGAUCAUAUAUACAUACAGGAUUUUGUUGAA